UCGGCAGCUCCCGAGUGACAUGCUGCGGGGUUGCGGAGCCUCUCUCGGCGGCGGUCGGAUCACGAGCUCGACGGCGGCGCGCGGCGAAUAUGGGCGCGAGUGAGUGAGGAUCCGGCGGGAAGAUGUGGAAGGAGGAGUUUGACGAGCACUUCGACUUUCUGCUCGGACUGCUCGAUGCUAACCUCACAGAUGUCCUGUCGGACUCGGACUCGGAGCUGGGGAACCUGGAGCAGCUGGAGCAGGGCAGCACAGACACCCUAGCCAAUGGCUGUCGCGCUGACACUGAGGCUGCCAAGCGCCUCGCCAAGCGCCUCUUCCACCUGGAGGGCUUCAAGCGGUGUGAUGUGGCGCGUCACCUGGGCAAGAACAACGAGUUCAGCCAGCUCGUGGCAGCCGAGUACCUGCGCUUCUUCGACUUCACGGGCCUGCCGCUGGACCGGGCGCUCAGAACGUUCCUGAAGGCAUUCCCCCUGAUGGGUGAGACACAGGAAAGGGAGAGGGUCCUCGUCCACUUCUCCAGGAGAUUCUGUUACUGCAAUCCCGAGACACACAUGUCCGAAGAUGGUGUACACACACUGACCUGCGCCCUCAUGCUGCUCAACACAGACCUGCAUGGACACAAUAUUGGGAAGAAGAUGUCUUGCCAGCAGUUCAUUAGUAACCUGGACGGCCUGAAUGAUGGUACUGACUUCCCAAAGGACUUGUUAAAGGUGCUGUACAACUCAAUCAAGAAUGAGAAGCUGCAGUGGGCCAUUGAGGAAGAGGAGCUUAGGAAGUCUCUGUCAGAGCUGGUGGAGGAGCAGUGCGACUGUGGUGGCAAGCGGGUGGCUCGCGUCACCGAUGGCAGUAACCCCUUCAUUGCCAUCCCGCUGCUUCUGAACGCGGCCACCUACAAGCAUGGAGUCCUCACACGGAAGAGCCACGCCGACAUGGACGGCAAACGCACUCCAAGAGGGCGCAGAGGCUGGAAGAAGUUCUACGCGGUUCUCAAAGGGACGAUCCUUUACCUACAGAAGGAUGAGUAUAAACCGGACAAGGACCUCUCAGAGGUUGACCUCAAGAACGCUGUUCGAGUUCACCAUGCCUUGGCCACCAGAGCCAGCGACUACAGCAAGAGGCCCAACGUGCUCAAACUGAAGACCUCAGACUGGAGAGUGUUCCUCUUCCAGGCACCGAGCGAAGAGGAGAUGAUGUCAUGGAUCCUCCGCAUUAACCUGGUCGCAGCCUUGUUUUCUGCCCCUGCCUUCCCCGCAGCUAUCGGCUCCAUGAAGAAGUUCUGUAGACCACUGCUGCCCUCCUCCUCCACCAGGCUGAGCCAGGAGGAGCAGCUGAAGUCCCACGAGAACAAGCUGAAACAGAUCACCCUGGAGGUGGAGGAGCACAGCAGGAACCCACCAGAUCUGACGCUGAAGACCAAGGAGGCUGAGGAGUACCGGCUGAAGGAGCACUAUCUCGUGUUUGAGAGGAGUCGCUAUGAGACGUACGUCACCCUACUGCGGGCCAAACUACGGGCGGACACGGACGACCUGGACAAGAUCGAGGCCAGCCUCUUGAGCAGUGAGGCCGGCGACGGGUACCUGCGGAAAACCCAGUCGAGUCCGUCCAUCAGCCAGGGGCACGGCGCCAAUGGGCGGCCGGACGGAAGGAGCGGCCCGGCCAGAGUGGAGCAGCCGAACUGAGGAGCGCUGUGGACCCUUAGCCCGACACAGACACACCGCAACCGAAGAGCUAAUAAAAAAAUCAUGAAGGGAAAAAAACUGCAUAUCAAUGUAU